AUGUGCAGUACGGGCCUUCCAGGGGGCUCUGCUAAUUCCAUUGUGGCGAUAUUUUUAACUGGAGGCGGCGCGUCAGGAGGAAGCAGCGGCGGAGGCGGCGGGACGAGGUUGGGCCGGGUGGGGCCGAGCGGCGACGAAGGAUGCGCCCGGCUGUCGGCGGCCGUGACUGGCGGGCUAACGAGUGUUAAAAGCACGGAGCGCGAAAGAGAGCGGGCCGGCCAGGCAGCCGGCGGGGUGAACAUCAAACAGGAGAAGCCCAGCGACCAAGAGGAGGAAGAGCAGCAGCAGCAGCAGCACCAUCACCACCACCACCAUCACCAUUAUGGGGGUCUCUUUGGUAUCGCUGGGGAGGAGAGGCAUCCCCCUCUUGGCGGUGGUGGAGGAGGUGGCGUGGAAGGAGCCAACCAGAGCGUGAUCCAGGACCUCAGUCUUUUCCAUCACCUCCAUCAUCAUCCCCAUAGAGGAGAUUUGCUCCUGGGCAUCAGAAGCAGUGGUGAAAUAAGUGCUGCCGGCUCAGAUGAGCAUAAACAGGAUGCCCAGGCCAAGAAGGUGAAGAGGCCAAAGUCAGAAUCUCAGGGAAACAAAGCCAAGAAGAAGCCGAGCACGUCAGCCAAGGCCCUUGUGGCAGGAGAUGGAGAGGCUGCCAUGCUGUCCCCUAGCCAGAAACCUCAUGUCUGUGAACACUGUAACGCUGCCUUCAGGAGCUCCUAUCAUUUGCGCAGGCAUGUGCUCAUCCAUACUGGCGAGAGGCCUUUCCAGUGUAGUCAGUGCAACAUGGGUUUCAUUCAGAAGUAUUUGCUUCAAAGGCAUGAAAAAAUCCACAGUAGGGAGAAGCCAUUUGGAUGUGACCAAUGCAGUAUGAAGUUCAUCCAGAAGUAUCACAUGGAGAGGCACAAGAGAACGCACAGCGGAGAAAAGCCAUACAAAUGUGAAACCUGUCAGCAGUAUUUUUCAAGAACUGAUAGACUUUUGAAGCACAGACGUACAUGUGGAGAAGCCAUAGGGAAAGCAGGUGCUGGAAUGGAUCCUGGGCCAUCAAAUCAUAGCAUGGGCAACUUGUCUAUGUUGUCUCAGGGAAAUAUAGGUUCAUCAAAAAGAAAAAGCAAAGCAAAAUGUAUACCCACUGAAAACAAAGAACAUAAAACUAGUCAUAAAAUAUCUGAAUCUCAAAUUGCGUCUAAUAUGUCCUUGCAAAAUUACGCAGUAGAGAUUCCAAUAGUGUCUUCCAGUGGCGGCUUGAUUGGCACUGGGUUGGAAGAGCUACAGAAAAAGGUGCCAAAACUAAUCUUUAAAAAAGGAAACCGGAAAAGUGCAGAUAAGAGCUUUCUUAAUUUUAUGUCACCAUUACCAGACCUCCUUGGUCAGAAGCAAUUUUCUGGAAAACCAAGUAGCUCUCUUGGCCUAGUUGCAAAUUCCAGUGUAGAUGCUAUUGGCCUUCUCCAAGCAGCAAGUGGCAAAUCAGGUCAAAUAAGUAGCAAUUAUGAUGAUGCCAUGCAGUUUUCAAAGAAAAGAAGAUAUUUGCAAACCGCCAGCAGUAACAGUGCCUUUUCUAUAAAUGUUGGGCAUAUGGCCUCACAACCGUCUGUAAUUCAGUCUGCAGGGGUAAGUGUUAUGGACAAUGAGACCCCAUUAUCUCUUAUUGACCCAGCGUCUCUUAAUGCUGACAUCAAAUCUUGUCAUGAUAAGUCUGGCAUUCCUGAUGAAGUCUUGCAAAGUCUUCUAGAUCAGUACUCUCACAAAUCAGAAGGCCAGAAAGAAGAUCCCUUCAGCAUCACUGAACAGCGUGUGGACUUGCAAUCUUCAGGAGAGCAUACAGAGAUGGUUCAAGAGGAGAACCUGAGUCCCAGCUCCCAGGCAGCUUCAAAUGACAAAGCAAGCAUGUUGCAAGAAUACUCAAAAUACCUCCAACAUGCUUUUGAAAGAACAACCAAUAGCACUGGUUUUGCUUUUGGUCCCAGUUUCCAAUUUGUAAGUUUAUCUUCAAGCCUUCAUAACCAUACUUUGUUUCCAGACAAACAAGUGUACACUACGUCCCCACUUGAGUGUGGUUUCAGCCAAUCUGUUACCUCAGUGUUGCCAUCUGCAUUGUCAAAGCCUCCUUUUGGGAUGUUGCUUGGAUCGCAGCCGGGUUUUUAUUUGUCUGCUUUGGAGGCAACCCAUCAACAGUUGACUCCUUCACAAGAACUAGAUGACCUGAUAGAUUCUCAAAAAAGCAUAGACACUUCAUCAAGCUAUCAUUCUACACCUCAAAAACUGAAUAGCCAGAAGGAACAAAAAACCCUAGAAACUUCAACAAGCUUUCCCAUUCCAUCUCAGGAGCUAGCUAACCAGAUAGAUCCUCAGAAGGACCUAGAACAUCGAGCAACGUAUCAGAUAGAGACCUUUGCACAAGCAUUUGGUUCUCAGUUUAAGACGGGCAGCAGGGUGCCAAUGACUUUUAUUGCUAACUCUAAUGGAGAAGUGGACCAUAGAGUAAGGACUUCAGUAUCAGAUUUCUCAGGGUAUUCAAAUAUAAUGUCUGAUGUUAGUGAGCCAUGUAGUACAAGAGUAAAGACCCCAACUAGCCAAAGUUAUAGGUAGAGUCUCAAGUAUGACUAGGCUUAGGGGGUGAUCUUAAUGUAUUAGUUUUAUUUUGAUAACACUGCCAUUGGAAUGUUUCUACAUGAUCCUAACACAAAUAAUGUAACACACCCUUUCAAUGCAACUUUUCAUAUUUAGUUUUGUUAAUUUAGAUGGGUUUGUAUUAUGAUUUUUAAUCAAAUCGAUAGACAUUAUAGUUUGCAUUUUUUGUGUUCAUAUGACAGUGUUUAGCAAUCAAACUUACUUAACUUUAGAUUGUCAGGGAAUAGCCCAAAAA